GUUGGACCCCAAAAGGGCAAGCUUCCCGCGAAAGCUAUAGGCGGUGGCGCGAAGCCGAAGCGGGAGGGUUUGAGAGGAAAAAAAAAAAGAGAAGAGGAGAGAAAAAUCUCACGGCGAGCAGCGUCGCCGGAAGAUGGGGAAGGAGAGGGGAAGGGAGGAGCAGGUGGCGACGGUGCGCGCGGUGCUCGGCGAUGGGACGCCGGAGAUGGACAUCAUCCGCGCGCUCCACAUGGCCGGCGACGACCCCACCAGGGCCAUCAACAUCCUCCUCGACUUUCCCCACGGGCCGCCGCCGCCGCCGCCGCCGUCACCGUCGCCGUCGCCUUCGCCUCCGGCGGGUAAACCCACCAAACCCCACCCCGAAUCGACCCCGCCAACCAAAACCCCUGCCCGUUCGAAGCCGGCGGCGGCGGCGGCAGAGAAACCUAGGCCCAGUGUCGCGCCCGAAUCCACCAAUGGCGGCGGCGGCGGCGAACAUUGGUGGUUGGUGGGGAGCGUGGAGAUGGCGGGGCUGUCCACGUGCAAGGGCCGGCGCGUUGCCUCCGGGGAUGCCGUCACUUUCUCGUUCCCCAACUCCCCGGUCGCCGCCGCCGCCGGGGGCAAGAGCCGUUCCGGCCGCCCCGCCCUCGUUUCCUGCUCCUCCGAGAUCAUGCGCUUCUCCACCCCGCGCCAUGGGGAGGUCGGUCGAAUCCCCAAUGAAUGGGCGAGGUGCCUGCUCCCCCUUCUCAAGGAGGGGAAGAUAAAAAUCGAUGGCGUAUGCAAAUCCGCUCCCGAAGUACUUAGCAUCAUGGACACUGUCCUCUUGUCCGUAAGUGUCUACAUCAACAGCUCAAUGUUUCAUGGCCAAAAGCAAUCGACACCCAAGGCUGCUCGGGCUGCUACCGAGGAUUCCACGUUUCAUCCGCUGCCUGCACUUUUCAAGUUAACUGGUCUUUCGCCCUUUAAGAAGGCAGCAUUUACUCCAGAAGAUCUCUAUUCCAGAAAGCGUCCGCUUGAAACAAAGCAGAGCAGUGCACCUGCCACAAAGUUGACUACUGAGAAGUUGAGAUUAUCGUCUGAUGGAAACGAAGAUGAUCAUGCUGAAAGAAUUGUUUCAGAUUCAGAAUUGGAUGAUAUAAUUGGAAUCUCAGACAGUUCUGCUUUGGAGGAAAGGGACCCCCCUGAUGCUCUGCAGUGUGAUUUACGCCCUUAUCAGAAGCAGGCAUUUUAUUGGAUGAUGCAGCUUGAGAAAGGCAGUUCUUCUCAGGAUGCAGCUACAACGCUGCACCCUUGUUGGGAGGCAUAUAAACUCGAGGACAAGAGGGAGCUUGUUUUAUACUUGAAUGUAUUUUCAGGCGAUGCCACCACUGAAUUUCCUAGUACACUGCAACUUGCAAGAGGAGGGAUUCUGGCAGAUGCAAUGGGACUGGGGAAGACUAUUAUGACAAUAGCUCUUCUUCUUGCCGACUCUAGCAAAGGAUGCAUCACUACUCAGCAUUCUACUCACAUAUGUGAAGAAGCUAGUGGACUGGGUGAAUUGCCAGUUCAGCCUCAUGAUGAUGUGAAGAAGCUAGCUAUCCCUUUCUCUUUUAGUAAGCUUAGGAAACCUAAAACCCCGCUUAUUGCAGGCGGCAAUCUAAUUGUCUGCCCAAUGACACUACUUGGUCAGUGGAAGGCAGAAAUUGAAGCUCAUGCUACACCAGGUUCUGUAAGUAUAUAUGUUCAUUAUGGGCAAAACAGACCAAAAGAAGCAAACCUUAUUGGUCAGAGUGAUAUUGUCCUGACUACAUAUGGUGUUCUGUCAUCGGAAUUUUCAAACGAGAAUUCAACAGAAAGUGGGGGUCUGUACUCUAUACAUUGGUUUAGAGUUGUGCUGGAUGAAGCACACAUGAUAAAAUCUCCCAAAAGUUUAAUAUCCCUCGCUGCUGCUGCUCUUACGGCUGAUCGGCGUUGGUGUCUUACUGGUACACCUAUUCAGAACAACUUGGAGGAUAUAUACAGCCUUUUCCGGUUUUUGAGGGUUGAACCGUGGAGGAACUGGUCUUUGUGGCAUAAACUUGUGCAAAAACCAUAUGAAGAAGGCGAUGAAAGAGGUUUAAAGCUAGUACAGUCCAUUUUGAAGCCAAUAAUGUUGAGAAGGAAUAAAAACAGCACAGACAAGGAAGGAAGACCAAUCCUUAUUUUACCCCCAGCAAAUAUCGAAGUCAAAUACUGUGAUUUGUCAGAGACUGAGAAGGAUUUCUAUGAUGCUCUGUUUCGACGAUCUAAGGUGAAAUUUGAUCAAUUCGUGGAACAAGGAAGGGUCUUGCACAAUUAUGCUUCAAUUUUGGAGUUGCUUUUGCGCCUUCGGCAGUGUUGUGACCACCCAUUUCUUGUUCUUAGUCGUGGAGAUACACAGGAGUUUGCUGACCUAAACAAACUUGCAAAGCGUUUCUUGCAUGGUGGUAAUGGUGCUGUGAAUGGUGACUCUUCUCUUCCCUCCAGAGCUUACAUUGAGGAAGUUGUCCAGGAACUGCAGAAAGGUGAAGGGGAGUGUCCCAUAUGCCUGGAAGCCUUUGAGGAUGCUGUAUUGACUCCCUGUGCUCACCGUUUAUGCCGAGAAUGUCUCUUGUCUAGUUGGCGGAGUGCAUCAGCAGGCCUUUGUCCUGUCUGUAGAAAGUCUAUGAGCAAGCAGGAUCUUAUUACUGCUCCAACUGACAAUCGUUUUCAAAUUGAUGUCGAGAAGAACUGGGUUGAGUCUUCCAAGAUUUCUUUCCUUCUACAGGAGCUAGAAGUUCUUCGCACUUCUGGUGCAAAGAGCAUCAUUUUUAGCCAGUGGACUGCAUUUCUGGAUCUCUUACAAAUUCCACUUUCCAGACAUAAUUUCUCAUUUGCUAGACUGGAUGGAACCUUGAAUCUUCAGCAGAGAGAGAAAGUAAUCAAGGAGUUUUCUGAGGACAAAAGCAUUUUGGUUCUGCUUAUGUCCCUGAAAGCUGGUGGUGUUGGAAUAAACCUAACUGCUGCAUCUAAUGCAUUUGUCAUGGAUCCUUGGUGGAAUCCUGCUGUUGAAGAACAAGCUAUCAUGCGGAUCCAUCGAAUUGGUCAAACAAAGAGUGUUUCCAUCAAAAGAUUCAUCGUCAAGGGCACUGUCGAGGAACGAAUGGAGGCUGUGCAGGCUCGUAAGCAGCGAAUGAUUUCUGGAGCUUUGACAGAUCAGGAAGUACGCAGCGCACGUAUAGAAGAACUGAAGAUGCUUUUCUCCUGACAAACCAAGAGUCGCCAUUCGUUUACUGAAAGCCAAGAAUAGGAAGGUAAAACGAGGGGUAAGAAUUCCAAAUGUUGCAAAAACUCGAAAUUCAGAUAUCAUACGCCUUCUGGCAUUUUGCUGUUGUUGUAUACCUUUCUUGUGUAUACUAAUAUGUAUGAAUAGUGGCGUGGAAGAAAGAUUGAGAGCUGACAGAAGAGGUAAUUCAUUGCAUAUGUAUGUACAACAUGGGCUUAAUUAAUGGUACCCGUAACGUAACCGACC